AGGAACGAUAAGACGCGCCCAUCUUCAGCCCGACAGAGAAGUUGAGAAACUUCGAUGACGCGCAGCUUGGCGUGGUUAGUGAACACGUCGUCCGUGGAUCAGAUAUGGAUGCGAGAACAUCAUUGGUUUAAUCUGUUAUUGUUUUAAAGUUAUUUUCCCAUUUUCAGAGUCAGCCAGUCACGGUUCCUUCACAUGGAGAUUGUUCUGGGCGUCAGUUUGUGUUUGAUAUCUCAGUGAUGUCCGCACACGGAUUAUUGAACAGCGUGUUUUCAUGCUCUUCAACGGGCUCUAAAUCUGUCACAAAGAGAAAACUGCGUCAGACUCGGAGCUUGGAUUCUGCGCUGAUGAGAAACUGCGGUGCGCCUGGAGAACCCAGCGGCCAGCGGCCCGUGUUUUGGAGUUCCACCUCGACAGGUGGAUUUAUGAACAACCAAACAUCUUCUGAACUUCUCGCUGCUGCUUCCAGACUAGGUCCGCAUCUCUCUUCGUCGAGUUUAUGGUCCUCUUCAGACGCGUCGUCGCUCUCCGGUGUUCACUGUGAUUACAAAAGUAGCAAACGGAGCGCGUCUCGGGAUUUAUCGCUCACCGGUUCCAGCAACAUCUUCUCACCGAGGAAGUGGCUUCAAAGAAAGGCGCCGCAGUCGGACAGUCUCUCCCAGAACAUCUUUAAAUCGGAGGGAGAUUUGACCUGGAAGACUUCAUAUGGACAUCUGCAGGCGGUUCACAUCCAGAAUCUGUCUGAGCUGGAGAGAGUCCGACUGCAGGAAGUUGCUCUGAUCAAACUGAUAAAAGACUCUGAUUUAGGAUGCCAGAUCACCAUCCCUAAAGAUUGCCAGAAGCAUAAAAAGUCUCUCAGGAGAAAGCUGGAUUCAUUAUCAAAAGAAAAGGACAAAGAGUGUGAUCCUCGGGCGUUUGGCGUGCCGCUCUCGCAGGUGAUUUUUAACGACCGGCGUCAUAAGCAGCUGCAGGACGGACGGGAACAGGAUGCGCAGCAGGACCUUGUAGACCGGGCGUCCUCGCUCCUUCACCUGACCAGCCGGAGAACCAAUCACAAGGAGUUUUCUAGCAGUAACUCCUCUCUCAGCUCCGCCGCCAUGACGCCCAAUGCGUCUAGCUCGCCCGGCACGCCAGAAACGGCCCUGCGCUCGCAGAGACGGGGCGGCGUGUCUGUGGACUGCAUCACUGAUCUGGAUGACGCUCACUCUCGUCUGCUGGAGGCGCUUCAGCUGUCGCUGCCUGCGCAGUCACACAGAGAGAAGAACACAAGAGACACAAAACUCAGCCUCAAUCCCAUCUACAGACAAGUGCCACGAGUGAUUGACAGCUGCUGCCAACAUCUGGAGAAAUAUGGUCUGCAGACGGUGGGAAUUUUCCGCGUUGGAAGCUCCAAGAAAAGAGUUCGACAGUUGCGUAAGGAGUUUGAUCGGGGUUCAGAUGUUGUUCUGGAUCGUCAGCACAGUGUUCACGAUGUGGCGGCUCUGCUCAAAGAGUUCCUCAGAGACAUGCCCCAUCCACUGCUGACCCGGGAACUUUACACGGCCUUCAUCAACUGCGCAUAUCUAAACUGCGCAGAUCAACACACAUUGAUGCAGCUGCUAAUCUGUCUGCUGCCCGCCUGCAACUGUGACACGCUUCAGUGCUUACUUCACUUCCUGUCCAACGUGGCCAAUCACGCAGAGGACUCGCUGGACACUGACGGACAGGAGGUAAUUGGCAACAAGAUGACAUCUCUAAAUCUGGCCACCAUCUUCGGACCGAACCUCCUUCACAAGCAGAAGAGUUCAGAGAAAGAGUUCAGUGUUCAGAGUUCAGCUCGUGUCGAGGACAGCGCCGCCAUCAUCACGGUCGUCCAGCACAUGAUCGACUGGCAUGAAACGCUGUUCAUGAUUUCUGCUGAACUCCAGAAUGAAGUUCUGUCGAGUUUGAUGGACACAGACAGUGAUGUGGUGAAUUAUCUGCUGAGGAGGAAAACAACACAGAGUGAUGAUUCGACGUCCUCCAGUGGAGAGAUCUCACCUUAUGAAAACAGCUCUCCUGUUCUCUCGGAGUGGCUGCACCCCUCAAGACGAGCCGAUGAAGUCACAACGAGUCUAGACGCUCUCACACGCAACAUCAUGGUGAAACCUCGUCUCUCACCCGCACAGGAGCACACCGGUGAGUCGGUCGACGAGAAUGUUUGGGAAACACAACACGCUUCUCUGCUGUCAAGAUCUCAGGACAGACUACUCGCAGGUUCAGACGGACACCUGUAUAACCGCAUCUCCUGCGAGGCGUCCACUAGUAUCUACAGCAACACGAAAGAGCCUGUGUGUGAGACGAAAACGUACGGUGUUGCUGCUGAAUGUAAAGCAGAUCAGAGCGUCCCCUGCUGUAGUCAAACCACACCUGCUCCAAUCACAUCAACCCAACGGACAAGACUGAGCCAAUCAGAGGAGGCGGUAACGCCUCUUGCAAGCCCUUCUCCUGCGGCCAAACAACGUGGCGAACUUCCUGUAGCCUUUGGACAGCCUGUUGGAUCAACACAACCCCACCAUGUCACUUCCUGUCAGGAGGGGGGGUCACACAUCACUGUGCCGACAAAGAGCUUCACAGCUGAACACCCAAAUUGGCCAAUGGACAAAUGGCAAAUAUGGCAGCUGUUAUCGUCAGAGACCACAGACACAUUCCCAGAGACAUUGGUGUAAAAAUGUAUGAAUUAUAAAGUGUAUAUAUAUAUAUAUAAUAAAUCUUGGCCCCAUUGACUUCCAUUAUAAGUGCCUCACUGCAACCUCGAUUUGAACCCUUUUUUCCUUUUCCCCCCUUUUCUCCCGAAUCUGGGGAGAAUCUGCGUGCACAUACAACAUGAAGAAAAUAUUCGCCUCGCGAGUUUGACCGCUGGAUUAUAAAUGUGUGUUUAAACUCGCGUUCACACUAGUAACGGUAACCUGCGAGUAUUCCCGCUUCUCUUCCGGAAAAGGACAGGAGGAGGAGCCUCUACGACUUGGUUAAUAGUAAAGUUCGACCAAUAGCUGGAAUCGAGUAGUCGCGCAUAUUUUCAGAACUUACCAGGUCGUUCAACUUCCUCGCUCACUUUCCUCCAAGCGAUGUCUUUAUUCGUCCGGUCUCUGUACAUGUAUGACGUUGUGUCAUACAAUUCCGGGUGUCCACACACCGCUACAACUAUUCUUUCAUCCUGUGGCUUGUUGAGCGUGUUACCGCUGAGAUUAGCGUGAAGCCUCCACACGCGCUACGAUAAUACGCUCAACAAGCCACGUGAUAAGAUGCGCAGAUCGACGGUCUCAGACGUCCUCCGUCAUCCGGAUUGAGGCGUCACUACACCACCACGAGGACUUAUGGUGCGUUCACAUACGAUGCGAAGUGAGCGUUUCACGUGGCAAGAUUACACACAAAGUCAGUGCAAAGCCGCGAAUGAAGCGAAUGUGGCAUCCACGCACAACUCACCACACGCCCCACCGAGAGCGAGAACCACAUUAUAGUGACCACGAGGAGGUUACCCCAUGUGACUCUACCCUCCCUAGCAACCGGGCCAAUUUGGUUGCUAAGGAGACCUGACUGGACUCGUGACUCCAGGUGUGAUAGUCAGCCAAUACUCGCUGAGAUACCCAGACACCCUGAUUUGUGCUUAUUUUAAAUUAAUUAAUUAAAUUAAUAGAGUCGAAAUAAAUUUUUGUAAUAAUCAACAUUAUGCCACAAAUGCUGUCAGUUGAGCUUAACUUGUAUUAAACCCAGAAUAUUCCUUUAAGAAUGCGAAAAUGUCUAACGUGAAAAAUAUUUUCCUUGUUCGACUCUUUGCUGUAAAGAGUAAAAUAUUUAUUUCAUUCUAGAAAAAUGUCUUUGUGAAUGUAGUCUCUAUAAAAAUGACUUUUUAAAAGUUCAUGGGAAUCAAAAGUGGCUGACAUCAGGAAUAUAAAGCUGUACUGUAACCCUACAGUAUAUGAACUCUUGUGUAAUCCUGUCAAAUAAUCAAACUGUUGCCUUCAAAACCUUUCUUUUUGAUUUUGUGCAUAUUACAAACACAAGUCACAAAAACAUCUGAAAUGUUCUGAAACGGAAUAAAAAGAAUGUUGAAGUCAUCUAAUUUUGUUACAUUUGUUGCAACAUUACAGCAGUUUUGUCUUCAUUUAAAUUGAAAAUUCCAUUUCCCGUCAGUUUGAGCUGAAUCAUAAAACUGGAUGUGCUAGAUUUAAAGGGACAGUACAUUCAUUACACAUCAUUCUGUCAUCAUUUACUCACCCUCAUGUCAUCCCAGAUGUGUGUGACUUUCUUUCUUCUGCAGAACACAAAUGAAGAUAUAUAGAAGAAUAUUUCAGCUCUGUAGGUCCAUACAAUGCAAGUGAAUGGUGACCAGAACUAAUAAGGUCUGAUAAGCACAUAAAGGCAGCAUAAAAGUAAUCCACGUGACUCCAGUGGUUUAAUCCAUGUCUUCAGAAGUGAUUUGAUAGGUGUGGAUGAGAAAUGGAUACAUUUUUAAGGCCCUGGCCAGUAGGUGGCAAUACGUACGCAGAAUACGAAUCGGCAAAAACUAAAUAGAAAAAUGUGAACGUGUGGAUUUAAAGUUCAUAUAGUUCAUAUCGCUUCUGAAGACAUGGAUUAAACCACCAGAGUCUUACGCAAUACUUUUAUGCAGCCUUUAUGUGCUUUUAUCAGCUUCAAAGAUUUGGCACCCAUUCACUUGCAUUGUAUGGUUACCUUUAAGGUUACUGUAAAUAUUUAGUGUAUUUUAGCCCUCUCAAACCUUCCUUUUUGGUUUCCACUGUUACUUCAUGAAAUCCACCACUAGAGGAGGACAUAAUAAAAGAGUGAUGUUCAACAGCACAAUAUGCCAUCAUGUAAACAUCUGUCAACAAGGAUUUUAUACAGUUUACAGAUUACAUAAACAGAUUUGAUCUCAUCGUUACAACACUGAUCAAAAUGGAAAGGAAUUAGAGGGUAUAACGUGGAUA